CGAGCGCGGAGGAGGAUCUUCUGUCCCUUCACCUUUAAUUUGCGGCUCUUCUAUGGACGCACAACUUCUCGUUUCCAUUACGGAAGUAAACACAGACUGACACUGAAGGAAUUAGCCCAAGCGAAGUUAUAUUCUUUCUUCAUUAAGCCACUAGAGCCCGGCGUUUUAUACCUGCUUUUCCCGGGGCUUCAUCGGAGCAAACAUGUACCGCGUGCGGGCGUGGACAGCAGUCACGUUUGGGAUGGUGCAGUGUUCACGGCGCGUGCACCGAGCCAGCGCACGCUCACCUCAGCAUCGCAGACUGCUACUGGCUGCUCUGGCGGGAGUGACUGGCAUCUCUGCAACUACAGGACUGCUCUGGACAAAGGCUUAUGCCGAGGCAGCCUCGUCCGUCAAGCUCGAGGAGGAGCUGCAUGAGGAGGAAGCAGCGAAAGACGCGAACUCUGAUUCGGACAGCAUGCUGGAGUCCGGCAGUAGCGAUGAGGAAGCCGAGGAGGACGACAGCUCAGAGGGCAAGAAGAAGAAACAGAGAGUUGGCUUCCGUGACCGCAAGGUGAUGGAGUACGAGAACCGUAUCCGAGCCUACUCGACCCCCGACAAGAUCUUCCGCUACUUUGCCACGCUGAAGAUCAUCAGCGAGCACGGGGACGCCGAGGUGUACAUGACGCCACAGGACUUUAUCCGCUCCAUCACACCUAAUGAGAAGCAACCGGAGAACCUAGGUCUGGAUCAGUUUGUGGUGAAACGCUAUGAUGGAAAGAAGAUUUCUCAGGAGCGGGAGAAGUUCGCAGACGAGGACAGCAUCUUCUAUACGCUCGGGGAGUGCGGCCUCAUCUCCUUCUCCGACUACAUAUUCCUCACCACUGUUCUCUCCACGCCCCAGAGAAACUUUGAGAUCGCCUUCAAGAUGUUUGAUUUAAAUGGGGAUGGUGAGGUGGACCUGGAGGAGUUCGAGCAGGUGCAGAGUAUAAUCCGUUCUCAGACCAGCAUGGGCAUGAGGCAUAGGGAUCGCUCCACCACAGGCAACACUCUGAAGACAUCCGGCUGCAGCUCGGCUCUAACCACCUACUUCUUCGGAGCCGACCUGAAGGGCAAACUCACCAUCGGCACUUUCCUGGAAUUCCAGAGGAAACUGCAGCACGAUGUUCUCAAGCUUGAGUUUGAAAGGAAUGACCCAGCGGAUGGCAGAAUCUCAGAGAGGCAGUUUGGUGGCAUGCUUCUGGCCUACAGUGGUGUCCAGUCGCGUAAACUCAAACAGAUGCAAAAAGGACUGAAGAAGAUGUUUAAAGAUGCACAGGGGAUCACGUUUGAAGAAGUGGAGAAUUUUUUCACGUUUCUGAAGAACGUGAAUGACGUGGACACGGCUCUGAGUUUCUACCACAUGGCUGGUGCCUCUAUAGACAAAGCUACAAUGAAGCAAGUGGCUCGCACUGUAGCCAAGGUGGAGCUGUCGGACCAUGUCUGCGACGUGGUGUUCGCUUUAUUCGAUUGUGACGGUAACGGCGAGCUGAGCAACAAGGAGUUCAUAUCCAUCAUGAAGCAGAGGCUGAUGCGAGGACUUGAGAAGCCAAAAGACAUGGGCUUCACCCGGCUGGUGCGCGCUAUGUGGAAGUGUGCGCAGGACACAGCGUGGGACUUUGCCAUGCCUAAACAGCAGUAGCAGGAUAGAGAGAGUGAGAGAAAGAGAGGGAGAGGGUGUAAAAAAACAAAGAGGGUGAGAAGAAGACAAGCCAACUAAAUUAAGAAAUGAACUUUAGAUGGCAUGUAAUAAAUCGUGCACACACUAUAGUGGCCAGUGCUGCUGCAUGAGGAAACUGCUGCAGUGUGUGUGUGUGUGUGUGUGUGUGUGUGUGAGAGACUCCAGCCUCUACACAUUAGCCCCUUCCCAGCUCACACUUCUUAUAGAGUCUGCCACAUCUGUAGCAUAUGUGCAAAUAUCACAGGCAAGAAUUUCAAGAUGUUUACCUAUACUGAGAAAAGAGCUAUUAAAAAUUCGCUUCUAAUACAAGUAUAAGGAGGGUUUUGGAUGCAAAAUGUAUCUGUGUUUGACAAUUUUUAUAAUGACUUCGGUAUGAUCCUGAGCUCAGGUCUGUGUAGCAUUCAUGUGGGUUUUCUACAACAUUCUGAUAGAGGGAUUGGAGAAUGUGGGUUCAUGGUGCCCUGUGAUGCACUGCUGUCCCACACAGAGCGUAUUUCCAGUUUACUGGCCACUUGGUCCGCUGCAGCCCUGACCAGGAUACAGAAGUUAUUAAAGAUGAAUAAAUGAUUUAUAAUGAUGAUUGUCAAGUUAUUCGUUAAUGUAAACCCCAAAUUGAUUUCAUUCUUUUUCAGAAGCAUGAAUUUCUGAUUAUACAUGUGGGUCUGUUUAUGUACAGAUACAAGAAGACAACAUGAAGUGAAAGUGACUUCUUUCUGUUUAGCACUUUAGUGCUCUCAUCCUUUAUUGCCACAGAGUGUAAGAGCAGUAAACUUGAACUUGGGUUACACUGUACAAUGGCAUAUUUAAAACACACAUCAUGUCAGCCAGAUCAAGGUUAGACUUCUGUGUAAACAGAUUUCACUUCUUUUCUUAGUACAGGAAAACGUGCCUGCGGCACAUUGCUUCAGAUGUGUUGAGAUCUAAUCCUAAGGGCUGAGGGGAUUGUGGGAUGUUUUGCAUGCGUUGUUGACAUGCUCUAAGACACUGAAAAACAGCAGGUCGCUCACCCUCGCUCUUUAAAAGGUCUUUUAUUCGGAGCUCUCUGAUUCUUACGAAGCAAAACGCUGUCUGUUUUAAAAGAUGCGUACAGAAAAGCCAAACCCUAGCACUCAGCAUUACAGUGUACUUUAUCACCCUCUUCUUUUUUUUAAUAUAUAUCUAUAUAAUUAUAAAGCGGCUGUGGGUGUGAGAAACAAAAUACUACAUUGAGAAUGUUAUGUACAUGAAUAUCUAUUACUGAAUGAGUAUGUGUCUGACAUGCAGAGUUACUAUAUUAAACCGUUUUUCAUGA